AGACAACAUCCGCUCGCGUUCAAAGAAAGGAAAUUACUCACGCUUUUGUUUAAGUCUGGGAGUGGACACUGCACUAUCUACUCUCCUUCCCUCUCACUCUUCUUCUCACUCUGUAGGAGGACGCUGCCAGUCUUGAGGGAGAGAGAAGAAGAAGAAGAGGAAAAAGACGAAGAGAAGCUAGAUAAAAGGAGGAAGAUCAGAAAACCAAAUAAAACCAACAAAAAGAUAUACCCAGAAGAAAUAAUAUAGAAGAAGAAACACCACGAUGGCUGAUAAUCUAAGAAGAACUGUGAUAGUGGUGAUAGCGAUGUUCGUGAUGGUGACAGCGGUGAAGAGUCUGCAUGGCGUAAAUUCGGACGAUCGGGGAAGUCCUUGCCAGCAGAUGAGAGGAGAGUGUCGCGCGAAGACUUACCAGACGGACGAUGAGGCGGUGUUCCGAAAUGUGUCCUGCUAUUGCACACAUGGCGAGGAGGUUUCGCAGUACCUGGAGACGCUGGGAUCCGCCAACUGCAUGAACGUUUUCGGUGAGCAGGUGGACUUUUCCAUCCUGCACAUUGUGGGCUGCAACGUGACCUCCCAGGCGCCCCUCCAAUCCCUGCUGAACACCUUCCGGAGGACGUCUGACCACAUGGAGCUGUACGUGGAGGGCAGCGGCUGGCUCUCCCUGGCCUCCCCCUCCCUCGCCUCCCCCUCCCUCGCCCUGGCCCGCCCCCCGCACACCAUCACUGCAACAUUUCUCAACAGCAACAUGAGCGGCAUGCCGGCGGACGUGGUGAGCGGGGCCGCCGUGAGUGCCAGCGUGGUCAUGGAGGGGUGUCAGGCCGGGGUGCUGGAUGCCCGCUCCUUCUCGGGCUACGGCGCUGAUGCCAACGUCACCAUCGCCUUCAGGGACACCAAAAUCCUGACCGUGAAAAAGGGGGCGUUUGACCUCCCGCGGAAGGCCCAGAUGGAGGUGCGGGGCGGGGAGAUCCUGAAGUUCGAGGGCUUCAGCUACUCAGGCGGCGCCGAGCUCACCCUGGACGGCGUGAAGGGAGCCAUCCUGCUGCAGUCUGCCCUCAGCAUCUACGGCCUGAAGAAGCUGAGCGUUACCAACUGUUCCGUGGCGGCUGUGUACUUCAAAGCCCUUGGCCACCGACCCCCGAGCUACGCCAGAAACAUAACAAUAGGCGGUGGCGUGGAGGAGGGGAGCGAGGCCACCUUCUCCAACAACAAGUUCAUGGAGGGGAACGGACAAGCCUUCGCCCAACUCUGCAACUUCGCCAAAAUCAAAUGGCACAACAACACUGUCCUGACGACCAACGGCAUGCCCCUUAGAGUUCAGGGUCCUGAGUGCAGCACGCCGCGGAACUGGUCCCUCGUGUUUUCCUUCAACAGUAUCAGCUGUGAACGAUGUACUGACUUUACCAACCCAGACGCCCAGACGUGCGCCCUGUUCGCCAGCAGUUACUGUAUUAGCUGUGAGACGCCCUUAGAUGGAUGCUACGAGCCUGUGCUGCCCUACGUGACCUCCAAGUGCCAGGCCUCACACCCCGACCUCGCCAACGCCCUCCGUGACACCUGCCCCGCCGCCAUCAGUAAGAGGACGCCCAAGGCACUCUAUUCACAAAGCAGCGGCGACAAAUCUGCUGCCUCGCUCCGCCGCCCCCUGGCCCUUGGUGUGGCGCUGUGUGUGUCUGUGUUGCUGUGUGUGGCGGUGUGAGGAAAGGUUUUGUGUGUGGGGAGGGGGGCUGUGGUACGUGUGUGUGUGUGUGUGUGUGUGUGUGUGUGUGUGUGUGUGUGUCCAGGUAAGUAUUAGUUAACAUUUGAAACUUGUAUAAUAUUUUUUCUCUGUUACCUGGUUAGUAAUCCCCAGGUGUUGAUGUGGUUGUGUUUGUGCCAAUAUUCCUAUACGACAUUCCAUUCGCCUGAGAUUAUUACAGGUACAAACUUAAGCAUUGUGAUCAUGGGUUGUAAGUUAUACCUCACUGUUCACCAUCAUACACACAACUGCAGGACAGGUGACGCCUAAUAAGCGACAGUGUUGUGUGAUGAUGCAACGCUUCCUUUCAUGUGCAAACUUUAAUUUAUAUUCUACUUGUUACUUUGUACUGAAAAUAGAAUGACCAAUAAGC